UCGAUCCGAUCCUCAAAGCCUCGACGGCCUUUACGAACACUCAACUCUCAUUCUCGUUUUCACGACACCCUCACUCUUCUCUCCCACGAUGAAGUCCUUCGCCACCAUCUCUGCCAUUGCGGCUCUCGCUGCCUCUGCCGCGGCUGCCCCCGUCGUCCAGGUCCCCUCGACGAUGCUGACCUGCCAGCCUCAGGCCAUCACCUGGUCCGGCGCCAAGGCCCCCGUCUACAUCUCGUACAUCCAGGGCAAGGACACCUCGUCUGCUCCCAUUGAGCAGUUCCCUGCCCAGCAGUCCGCCUCUGGCAGCUACGUCUGGACCGUCAACCAGCCCGUAGGCACUCAGCUCACCUUCAUCAUCAACGACGCCGACGGAACCCCCAACUACUCGUCGCAGACGACCAUCCAGGCCGGUACCUCGACCUCGUGCAUCGGCAACAACGCCGCCUCGGCCUCGUCGGGUGGCUCUUCCUCCUCGUCGUCGGCCGCUGGUGGCGCUUCCUCGUCUGCCGGCAGCGCUACCUCGAGCGCUGCUGCCAGGACCUCGUCGGCCGCCUCGGGCGCUAGCUCCAGGGCUUCGUCGGCUGCCUCGGCCGCUUCCCCCUCGAGCUCCUCGUCGAGCUCUGGCGGCAGCAACGGUGUCGCCUCGCUCGCUGUCAACGGCUUCGCCGCCGUCGCUGCUGGUGCCGCUGCCCUCUUCAUGGCCUAAAUAGCUCGAGUGCCAUUGUGAUGAUGCGGUGCAGCAAGUUCCGUGCGCCCGCGCGCACACAGACAAGUCUUCCCUCCCUGCCUCCUCUCUCUUUUAUGACUUCUGCCAUAUAAACUCUGUCCAUCCCCUCUUCUCUUCUUUACUUCCUUGUCCAUUUGAUACAAAUCACAAACUCGCCUCGCCUCCUCGACGAUGCUCCCGUCUAAUUUCGACUGGUCUUGUCAAUUUCCUCUGCCCCUCCGAAGUACCGAGGAGCUUGACGUGAAUCGAACUCUUCUCUCGGUCCAUGCGCAUCUGCAGAUCACGGUCAUGUACGAGUGAACAGAGGGCGAGCUUGGAUUGCCAGACCGUUUGUGUCGUCGCCCUCGAACUUG